AUGCUGACUAUGCAGGUUGCUUGUCGUAUUCGUCCAAUGACAGAGGAUGAAAUUAUUCAAGGCGGCACUAUUAUCGCUCAUAAAGUCGCAGACGAUAAUAUGGUUGUUUUACUUGAUCCAGAAGAAGAUCCGGAUGAUAUUUUAAGAGCAAAUCGAUCUCGAGAACGUAAAUACAUGUUUGAUAUCGUGUCUGAUGCAAGAGCAGGACAGCAAGAAGUAUACGCUGCCACAGCUAAGAUUCUACUCGGAAGUGUGCUAGAAGGUUACAAUGCCACCGUUUUUGCUUAUGGAGCUACAGGUGCUGGUAAAACGUAUACCAUGUUGGGCACAGAACAUAAUCCCGGUGUUAUGUAUCGGACGCUACAUGAUUUAUUUGUUGAAAUACAACAAUUUGACGGCAAACGGGAAUAUCAAGUAUCAAUGUCCUAUUUGGAAAUAUAUAACGAACUUAUACGAGAUUUAUUAGUACCAUCAACAUCUUUUUUGGAAUUGAGAGAAGAUGCCAAAGGAACAAUACAAGUUGCAGGAUUAUCAGAAGUGAUUGCUAAAACACCCGAAGAGGUAAUGGAAAUGUUACACAAAGGCAAUCGUGCACGGACCCAAGAACCGACAAAAGCAAAUAAAACAUCAUCGAGAUCACACGCUGUCUUACAAGUGAAUAUCAAACAACGAGAUGUAACAAGAUCUCAUACUGAACAAGUUCGUUUUGCGAAACUUUAUAUGAUUGAUCUUGCCGGUUCGGAACGAGCUGCACAAACACAAAAUACUGGCCGUCGUAUGAUGGAAGGAGCGCAUAUAAAUCGUUCAUUGUUAGCACUUGGAAAUUGUAUAAACGCUUUAAGUGAAAAGGGUACAACAAAAUAUGUUAAUUAUCGUGAUAGUAAAUUAACAAGGAUAUUAAAAGAUUCACUGGGUGGUAAUUCACGAACAGUUAUGAUUGCUCAUGUUAGUCCAGCAAGUGUCCACUUUGAAGAAUCUCGAAAUACACUGAAUUAUGCUGAUAGAGCCAAAUACAUUAAGACUAAAAUUCGUCGCAAUGUUAUCGAUGUAUCCUAUCAUAUCGCUCAAUAUCAACAAAUAAUUCAAGAUCUUCGUAGUCAAGUACAAUUAUUAAGAGAACAAAAAGAUGAUUUAGAAAUGCGUUUAUCAGUAUCAAAUGAAGCAAGAUUCAGUCGACUAAGUGAUACUACAACUGAACGUCUACGUGUAGAAGAAAGUAUAAAAUUAAAAGAAAAUAUAGUACAAGCGUUUAAAAAACAAAUAGAUGCACGACGAUCUCUAUUAGAAAUCGAUAAUGCUCUAAUGGAUAUUACUCAUGAAUGUUCAAGAAAUGAGUCAAUUUUAGAACACUAUGAAUCGAACAAAGAAAAUAGUCCACGAAAUAAAAAACAAACGUUCGAUAAUACGGAACCGGAAAAUGUUCAACGUGCAAAAGCUGAAUUAAAAGUACUAGAUGGUGAAAGGUCAAAAUUAGAAAAACAAAGAAAAACACAAAUGAAAGAAUUUGAUACAUCAAAAGCGGAUGCUAAAAAACUUUAUGAAAAAGUAUCGAAACGUUUAACAAGUCAAGAUCAACGUGAAUUACUUCGAUUAUUGACACAAAAUUUUGAAUUUGAAUUGAAAAAUAUUGAAUUACAAGCCGAUAUAUUUGUCAGAGAUUUUUCUAUAAAACAUAAAGAUUUACAAUUAUUAAGAAUGUCACAGCAUCGAAAGAACAAGAUCCCUGUACCGUCAGAUCUUGAAGAGUUGUAUCAGUUAUACUCACGUGAUAUCGACGAAGGACAAUUGAUGAAGGAUCUAGCAGCACAUUCUCCCCGAACAUUAACCAAAAUGGGUCUUAGUGUAUCUCAACUUCCUAUAUUAAGUCAAAUAGCAGAAGAAGAUCUUACGAGUGCUUCAACAUCUGUAACAAGUUUUCACUUAAUUCCAAAUAAUCAACGAACACGCACAACAAAUAAUGUAACAACUAAUUUAUUAAAUAAUCGUGCGCUAUCUGAUCAAGAACUUUUUACUCGUGUAAACGAAAAUGACUCGAAUAAUAUAAGCUUGAAUGAUAGCUCUACGACUCAAGCACUAAACUCUCUCAUAAUGAAAUCAACGGCUACUAAUAACACUAUGAAUAAUAAUAAUGCACCGUUGUCCUAUGCACAUUUUAAUUUUGAUGGAAAAUUAGCAAAAGGAAAUUCAUUAGUUAGUAUUAGUAGUGAAAGUGUUGAUGUACCAAUUGAUUCUCAAAUACCACGACGAAAAUUUUCAUCGCCCGAUGCUAGUGGAGGAUUAAGAAGUAAUGAUCCGUCACCAUCAUUAUUCAAUAAAAAUGGAACAACAACAACUGCUGGACAAGGACAACAACAAGCAAAAGGAAGACUAAGAAAACAGACACAAGAUAUUGCAGCGCGAGCAGCUCAACGUCGUGCAAAUUUACAUCAUCGAGAAUUAAUGGAAGACCUUGGAUAUGAUCCAAAUAUAUCAAAAGAAAAUACAUCAUCCGUAUUUGGAUUAGAAGUUACAGGAAUGAAACCAAAGAAAACUGUGACAAUUCAAGAUCCGGCGCCAGGAAGAAAUCGACAAAUCGAUCGAACUCAUGAUCUACGACGAACCAAUUCGGAUUCACCCGAAUUAAUAAAAACAACAACAAAUGCUCAUGGUUCAUCGAAUUCGAACACUAAUCAACGAUCAUCGAUGCCUAUGGCUAACAUCGUUGUACCACGGGAUCCCUUUUAA